UUCUCUUUCAGCACAUAUUCAGCCUGCAAUUCUUCAUUCUUCUUUGAACACGUGUGAUAUCUUACUUAACUCUUGUGUUUGUUUCUUGACCAUAUCAAACUUCAACCAUAUUUCUUUUGUAUUACUAGCUCCUCACAAGCUCAUUGGCUUAGAAAAAGUAUUACAAUCUCUAGUGAAGCGGCACAGCCAGUCUGCUAGCUAUGGGAUGUGUUGUAGCUAAGCCUUCCCCGGACUCACCACCGAAAGGUCUGCAGAAGUUAAAGUCUGAUAAUGGUUAUGUUAAAGCUGGAGGAGGAUUUGCUGCAGCCAGGAGAUCAACAGGCCAAAGGCUUGUUCCUGUGAAAGAUUCUGCUAAAACAUUGCGGUCUGCCUCUACAAAGAAAAAUAGCAGUGCUGGUGGCAGCAAUGAGGAGAUUUUCGCGAGGAAAUUUGAGCUGCCAAAAACCACUGAGGAUGACGAAGUGCUAGUGGAUGGAUGGCCUAAGUGGCUUGUUGAUAAUAUCCCUAGAGACGCUCUUUCGGGUCUGAUUCCUAAGAGCGCCGAGUCCUAUGAUAAGCUUGAUAAGAUAGGGCAGGGGACUUACAGUAAUGUGUAUAAAGCUCGAGACAGGGACACUGGUAAGAUUGUUGCUCUUAAAAAGGUCCGCUUUGAUACAUCAGAACCCGAGAGUGUGAAAUUCAUGGCGCGAGAAAUUAGAAUUUUAAGGAUGCUUGAUCAUCCUAACAUUGUGAAGCUUGAAGGACUGGCGACAUCUAGGAUGCAGUACAGUAUAUAUUUAGUUUUUGAUUUUAUGGUGACCGAUUUGUCAAGAAUUGUUUGCCGCCCUAAUGAAAGGCUAAGUGAGUCACAGGUCAAAUGCUACAUGAACCAACUGUUGGCCGGACUGCAGCACUGCCACGAGAGAGGAAUAUUGCAUCGAGACAUUAAGGGAUCAAAUUUAUUAAUUGAUAGAUCUGGAAUGCUGAAAAUUGCAGAUUUUGGGCUAGCAAAUUUGUAUAACCCUGCAAAAAAGAUGCCACUAACAAGCCGAGUUGUGACACUUUGGUACCGUGCCCCAGAACUACUGUUAGGUGCAACAGACUAUGGACCUGGAAUUGAUCUUUGGAGUGCAGGAUGUCUUAUGGCAGAGAUGUUUUCUGGAAGGCCAGUAAUGCCUGGUAGGACUGAGGUUGAGCAACUGCACAGAAUAUUCAAGCUCUGUGGUACACCCUCAGAAGAAUACUGGAAAAAGUUGAAGGUGGCCACAACUUUUAGACCACCACACACGUACAAGCCUAAUUUUCGCGAAGCUUUUAAAGACUUGCCAAAAUGUUCUUUAGGCCUUUUAACCAACCUUCUUUCUCUGGAUCCUUCACUUCGCGGUUCUGCUCACUCUGCCCUGAAAAAUGAAUUUUUCCAUACAAGACCGCUGGCCUGUGGACUUUCAGAUUUGCCUAUGCUUCCCAAGGAGGUGGAGGAGGACGACGUGCAAUCUAAGGAUAAGAGAAGGCAAUUGAGGAAGUCAAGAACAAGGCUGUUGUCACAGAAACAGCCAGGCCAUCAGAGUGAGCAGCCUGUACAAACUCUUAAAGACGAUUCAGAAUAUACGAGAGAGGUGCAAAAAAGAAUUGUGGAGCCAAGUGGAGGUGGCGAGGUGUCGCGUGGCAGUACCAUGAGCUCUUCCUCUAUGGAAACACCGACUGAGGAUGCAAUUGAGUCUAAAUCCCCUCCAUCUGCACUCUCACCGCAUAUCAUAACCGAGGAAAAGCAGGCGUCUCCUAAAAUAGAAGCCCCUCCUGUUGUUAACAAGAAUGUGAAAAGCAGACCUCCGUUACCUACGACCACGAAGACUCGAUCUCUGAUAAGGUACAAAGAGUACAAUGACAAAAGAUACAGGUCUAAUCAGGUGCAGAGGUCUGUUUCAACUAGAGAGCACAGAAAAAAUGAUACCAGAAUUCAUCAUAAACUACACGGUUUGGAUGAUUAGAAGCUGAAAAUAAUGCCCAACUGUAAUUUUAUUCCGAUUCUUGUAUUCUUGGAUUUGAAUGAUGUCUUGGUUCUUUUAAUUUGCUCAACAGGGAAUUGAGGCUAGCACUCAGUAAAUUGAAAAAAGUAAGACAUGUAUAGUUAGUUGCCUAUAAUACAAUUAUAAAGUUGUCACACUGUA